GGGUUAACUAGGUGUCAAUGAGGGAAACGCCUACAGCUCAAAGCUAGAACAUCUCGGGAAAAGUCAGAAAAUUCAGCAACAGAAAAUAAUUGGAGUUUUAAACUAUACAAACAGUAGCAGGCAUGUCGUGAAACAUUGAAACUGUUGCCAAGAACGACCCGCAGCGUCAGGGACGCACAGCUUCAAAGACAAAUCCCAUUGAUUUAGAAACGACAGCUGAAUCAGGAUGACGGAAUCUAACUCAAAAGCUGCAAAAGAAUUGACAGAAAUUAUGGAAGCGACUAUGCAGAAUCUUCAAAGUAAAUUUCAAAGCAUGUCUGACCAGAUUGUUUCAAAAAUGGAUGACAUGGGGACUCGAAUUGAUGACCUGGAGAAGAAUGUUGCCGACCUCAUGACCCAGGCUGGUAUGGAUGAGCAGCAGACUCCUAAGUGACCAAGCCAUCAGGUUAACACAUAUCAGAUCAGCUAACUUCACUUGAUUUCUGAGGUUCCACUAAAGACAGAUGUGGGAUGACAAAAGGCCACACAUAGGCAGGUUAUUACUGAUCUAUUGUUAUGUAACAGCCUAUGGCAUUUGCUUUCUCAUUUAACGGGAUGUCAUUUGUGGGGGAUUUUACCAUGUAAACACAAUACAUAGUUUUUUCUAUAAUACAACACAAUGUUUAUUCAACUGUUCAUAAACAAUACGAUCGGGUUGAAGAAUUCCAAGUCUUUCCUCGAGCUUCCUGUCAUCGCAGCACUACCCAUAGCAUUUCAGAAGAAACAAGUCACAUAUACAUACAGAUUAAACAUAUGGGCCAAUUUUCCAGACCCAGAUUAAGCCUAGUCCUACACUAAAAACACUCUUUCAAUGGAGAUUCCUUAUUGAGAAGCUAGUCCUUGACUUAAUAAUCAAUCUGGGUCCAAGAAUACAGGCUGUGAAGUGAUAACUAAAUGGCAAUAUAAAAUAUGAGCAUAACAUUUAUUAAAUCAAAGACACCAAAUUAUGUUUUUUAUAACUGCUGUUGAAAAAAGAUGACUUGGCUAUAACAUAAAAGAGAGCAGGACACCUCGAUCUGAGCCUUUUUGUAGUCCAGCUGUCUAGAAAGUCUCAUAAUGAAAGGACAGAUUUGCUCCCAUUGGACUUCACACAAAGCAAUGGAAAGGGAAGAACCAAUCAGUAUCUGUAUUUUGUGGAGUAGUCCUUAGGAGAUACGACCAGACCUCGUCCUUUUCUCGCCCCUCGGUAAACGGUCUCAACAAUGUCAAUCAUCUCCUGCUUGUCCUCCAUGGUCCAGUUGAUCUUGUUGUUGUUACCAGUCCCCAGAUCUAUCAUGAUGUGCUUGUUCCUGGACGAGUACAGAAAUAAUAUUUCAGUUUUCACAAAAAGAGGGCAGCAAAGAUGGGAGCAGGCUGUCCACUGAAGCAGCUUGGAGCUGGUUGUAUUAAAGACAUGAUCAGGAACCUG